AUGCAGGCCGUGAAGGCACCGGCACUGGCAUUCCCUCAAGGCUGCCAGGUGACCGUCCUCGACGAAAUCGUCGUGCGUGCGGAGGAGUCCCUUGACAGCAAGGUGGUCACGGUGCUGAGGGAGGGCACCUUACUUGAUGUUUUGCACGGUGGCUUCGAGCCUGAGACACGCCGGCUCUACGUCAGACACGACCAGUCAGGAUGCUCCGGCUGGAUCAGCUGCAUCGCAAUGUCUGGGCAUCCAUGGGUGAGCUUGGUCGCAUCAGUCUCCCAGGUUGCCAGCCACACCGAGGCAACAACUGCCCUUCCGAGCAUGCUUGUGGAUCCUCCUGCGCCAGAGGACCAGAAAGAUGCCGAGCUGAGCGUGGCAGAGCGGCUCAGUGACCAAGAGGUUCUCCGAGAACUGCAAAUCUCUGCUGGCGACAGUCGCCCAGCAUGGAAGGAGCUUGACAGCCUCGCCGGAGCCUGGCUGGCCAAUGUGCCGCAAGAAGCCUGGCGCAGUGCACCCAUCAUGUCCUGA